AUGGGGUCGUGGUGUCGGACCGGAGCGUCCUUGGUGUUGGGAGCGGGAGUCGGAGCCGCGGUCAGCCGCCUGCUGAGCCUCAGAGGCCGCGAGGAGGAGGAGGAGCGAGCCGGUGUCCUCCACAGAGUCCCGGUACUUCCGGUACCGAGAGUCCUGGCCUCCGAGCUGACGGUGAGUCCAGGUGCAUCAGUAGCUGCGAUGAAGUAUGGCUUUCCCUCAUUGGCCAACAUCAAGACCCGAGAGUCCUACGUCACCUCCUACGACCCCCGCACACGCACUGCAUCCUGGGUGAUAGAGAGGCUGAACCCCGCCUCCCUCAGUGGGUCAUCAAACAGAAAGUACUGUGACUUCAGAGAAGACGACAGCGUGCACUUGUUUCACAGGUCGACCAAUGAUGACUACAGGGGGAGUGGCUUCGACAGAGGUCACCUGGCUGCAGCAGCCAAUCACAAGUGGAGUCAGAAAGCAAUGGACGACACAUUCUACCUGAGCAACGUCGCCCCACAGAACCCUCACCUGAACCAGAACACCUGGAACAAUCUGGAGAAAGUCUGUCGCUCUUUGACCAAACGUUACCUGAACGUGUACGUGUGCAGCGGUCCACUCUACCUGCCCAGGCAGGAGGCUGAUGGGAAACUCUACGUUCGUUAUCAGGUUAUUGGAAAAAACCACGUAGCUGUGCCGACCCACUUCUUCAAGGUGCUGAUCCUGGAGCAGGCGGAUGGUAGAGGGGUGGAGCUCCGGUCAUAUGUUUUACCAAAUGAACCAAUAGAUGAGAAGGUUCCUCUGGAGCGUUUCCUGGUUCCCAUAGAAACCAUAGAGAGAGCAUCAGGACUUCUGUUUGUCCCGAACAUCAUGAAGAGAACCAGCAGCCUACAGGCUGUGACUGACAGACCAACUACAGUACCCAGAAUUCAUCAGUGACAUGAACUACAGUGACUCAGUUGAAGUUGUCCUGGAAAUAAACAGGAAGUUCAGGAAAUCCGACUGAAUGUGAAAGUUCAUCCAGUAGAACAUCAGCUGCACUGUAAAACAUCUGAAACCCACGGUGCUGAGUUUAUCCAAAUUAAGAUUUUUAUUGUUAUUGUAUUAAUAAACAUAUUGUCUUGUUUCUUCACUGAA